ACAGGUGUGGCGGAGCAGUUUGCCAUAGCGGAGGCGAAGCUGAGAGCCUGGUCCUCUGUGGACGGAGACGAGUCCAACGACGACUCGUACGAUGAGGACUUCCUGCCUAACAACGAGCCCAGCACACAGAGCACAGACCUGUCCUCGUAUCCUCCCUACCUGAAGGACCUGAUCCAGAGCCAGCUUUGCCAACACCUGAGUCUGAGAGGAGGAGGUGGAGGUGGAGGAGGAGGAGGAGGAGGUAGUGGAGAAGGAGGAAGUGGAGGAGGAGGAGAAGGAAGUGGAGACCCCUCCCCCACCGCUGGCUCCCCGGACACCCUGUGCUCCAGCCUCUGCAGUCUGGACGACCAUCUUCCUCUUCUGAGAGAUCUGAAUGGCGGCCAUCGAGGAAACUACAGCACCGCCGCCGAGCUCGCCGCCAAAAUCCUGUCCGCGCUGCAGGGGGGGGAGGAGCUUCUGCUGGCACGCCUCCAGAGAGCAGGAAGUGGAGGAAGUGGAGGAAUACGGCCAUGUGGAGGUCAGGGUUCUCCGUGUUACUCCAUGUCUUACUCCGAGACGUACCUGUCCCCCGGGGAGGACGAGGAGGACGACACCCCCUGCAAGGACUAUGAAAACACCGGGUGCCAGGUGGAGGGGGAGGGAAAUGGAGGAGAGGAAGGGGAGGUAUUCCCCCCCGAAUAUGUCCCGCGCAGGAGGGUCUCUGACGUGGCGUCCUCCGGGGUGGUGUCACUGGACGAGGAGGAGGAGUUGGAGGAGGAAGAGGAGAGAGCAGGAGACGAGCAGUGACUCCUUUCCUCCCCCCUCAGAGUUUAACCCCCUCUUCAGAAGAAUGUGUUGUUUCGUUGCCCCCCCCCUUCUCCAUCACAGUCUAGUUGCCAGCAGUGUUGGACCCAUGGCAUGUUGAUCACCCCGAAGGGUUAUGAUGGAAAUGUAGAGUGAGGGUCCCCAGCACGUAGAACCUGCCGGAUGUUAACUUGCAUGUUGAGCGAUUUGCACAAUUAGCAUAGUUGCAAUAAUAAGCGUUUGCAGACGUUAGUUUCAAAUCGUUUUUUUUGACAAUUUGGACAAUUUAGUUGUGGUUUUGGGAGUUAUUGAGGAUGUUGAAUCCAUUUCUGUUCUCCAGAUGGGUCGAUUUGAAAGCUUUAGGGAACUCAAAACUGCCAUUAAAGAUCUUAAAAAUGCCACAAAUAGAUGUUUAGCUAUUUUCUGCUUAUUAAUGCUAGUUAACGCAACUUAUAAAAUGUCCAACAUAUGUUAGCAUCCGGCACUUUCUCUGUGCUUUAGGGCUGCAACAAACGACUCAUUUGAUAAUCGAUUAAUCCAUCGAUUAAUGAAACGAUGAAUCGACUAUUCGGACUAUU